AUGAGUCCUAAGUCCAAAAUAUGGAAUAUUCAAGACCUCUUAGCCUGGUUAGAGACUCAUCCACCUGAUAGAGAGAGUAUCUUUCAAGUAUCGCGUCAUGUGGCUUUGCUACUGCUGUUAGCGUCAGGAAGAAGAAUUCAUGAUCUAACUCUUUUAAGUAUCUCUGCUGAGAAUUGUAUUAUUUCAGAGAGAUCGGUAACAUUUUGGCCAAUGUUCGGCCCUAAAACAGAUGGCACAAGAGGUCGCCAAUCAGGAUGGUUGUUACAUAAAUCAGAUAACCGGACUUUUGAUUUAGUAAGCUGGGUUAGGAGUCUUAUUGAUGUCACGUCUGUCAGACGUAAAUCUCAAGAUGGCUUACUCAAUCUCUUUAUAACUACAAGAGGAAAGGUGAAAGCUGCUUCCAGAGCAGUGAUAGCGGGGUGGUUAAAAACUUCUUUCAAUGAUAUAGGAGUCAAUUGUACGCCGCGUUCAAUAAGGUCGGCGGUUGCGUCAUACGAUUAUGCAAGGGACACUCCUUUGGAUGAGAUUUUAAAGCGUGGGAAUUGGAGAGGGUCAGCAAACUUCUUCAAGCACUACUGCAAAGCAGGGGGUCAAGUCUGCUAAUUUUAUUUAACUCACAUGCUAUUGAAAUUCAAUUGA